UUCACUUUCAUUGCAAUCACAAAUGAAGCUGAAUGUAGAGCACUUAUAUUCAGUAAAUUGUUUGUUUCUUUUGUCUCAUUCUUUAGUUUGUGUUCGAAUUUACGUGAUUAGAAAUCAGUUGUGUGCGUGAGUGUUGUUUUUCCAAACAAAAAAAAAAGCGAGAAGAAUGCAUUUGCCGCAAAAUCCUGUGAUGGCACCAUCGCUUUUAGUGAUGUUGAUGAUAUUACACAGUUGUAAUUCGUCACCUUAUUCACAACUUACAGAUGUCGAUAUUGCAAUCAAGAAAUUUAUAAGUAAUGAGCAACGCUGGUGGAGUGAUAUCAAUGCAUCGACCAAUCAAACCGUGAUAAAUGCAACGCUCGAGAAAUUGUAUAAAGAUUUGGAUGUCACAUUAAAUCUGGCUGAUGUUGGAAGUGUUGGUGUUGUGACCACCAUAAAUCCCGAAUUGGCCGAAAAAAUCGAAAACAUCAAACGCACACAACGUCAAUCGACCAAAUGGUUAACGGAGAAAAAUUAUCAAUAUGCACUUACCAAUUGUGAUCACAUUUUACAAACCAUACCGAAUACAUUGAGUGAAGUGUUUGAUCUUACAAAAAGGCCCGAUUUUUUAGCCUAUUUACGAGAUAAUUCCGAUUUUUGUCAAACAAAUAAACGAUUCGUGACGGCUGGCGUUGAGGAUCUUAAUCUUCAGAAUGUGGUCAUGGACUUUUACAUUACCGUUGCCGAAACACUGACCAAAGGUUAUAUGACAUCACAAAUGGCAUACAUGGUUCAAGGUGCAAAGGCACAAGGAAAAAAAUAUCAACGCAAAUCGACCGAAUUACAACAAACAUUCAAUUCACAAUAUCAAACGCUUGAGAUGAAUGUUCGAUCGAUUGUACAGAAUUUUAGUGGGGAAAUUUGGAAUUGCGACGACUUUUCAAAGGAAUAUUCGUAUGCCGAAAUUACAAACUUUAUCCAAGGCUACGUUGACAACGAAGUGAAUUUCAAUCAAGAUGGAACAUGUCGAAAGACAUGCUCGGAUUAUCAACAAGUUGAAUACCAUGUGUGCCGAAAUCACACUCUCUGCAUUCUUAAUUAUUUGGAUAAAAAUAAAACACGUUGUGAUGGUGAAAUUCGAUCAUGUCGGUUCAUUGAAUCGGAUAUGACAGUGUGUCCAAAUGAGGAUGAUCAACAGAUGACACGUCGUUAUAACUAUAUUCGUUAUAACAGUGGUUUAAUGCUCGGACAGCCGCAACACUGUCAAAAUGAAGUGAAAGCAAAAUCAUGGAUUCGAUGGUUUGUGUCGUGCAGCUACUGCUUUUGCUACUGCGAUCAUGAAAAUCAAUAUUCGGAUCGGUUUUUCUCGUUAAGAGAAGCGGUUAGCGAUAUUGAACGAAAUAAAGUUGUAACUGGCAUUCGAUUGUUUAAGAGAGAUCGUGUCAUUCAUCUAUUCAUUUCACAACGAACGAUUGGAAGAAAUGGCAAGAUUGAUGAAUCAAGUAGCUCAGAUGAUGCCGACUAUCUGGGUGACUAUAAUUUUGUAAUUGGAGAAGGUCAACCAGACAUCGAUUACCAUCGAUUGACUUGGAAUAGUCGUGGAAUUGAAUUGGACACAAUACGAGCACAAAAAGAUGAAGUUGUCACUGGUGUUCGAUUCCGAAUUCAAAAUAAUCGGAUACGCUUUGAAAUUCGUACGACACCUUAUAAUAGAGAAAACGGACUUUUAUCACGUGAAAGCAAGAGAACGGUUUGGCGUGGAAAUAACUAUCACGAUAAAGAGAAAAUACCAAAUGAUGAUCUUGAUGUGCCAACACGUUCACCGAAAAAAUCGAAACGUGAUCGAAGCCAAAACAAAUAUAUUGAAUUCACGCCAACCGAUAUUUACAAAGAUAUUGCACAAACAACCGUGCCGUUCAUCGAUACGCAACCGGUCGAAGCGAAAAUCCCAAAACCAUUACGUGGAGCUGGCUUAUACUACAAAACGACGCCUGGUUACGGUGGUUUUAUUGGACCAUUAAUUAUACUCCACGAUGAUUACGCGUCCAACAAGCAUUUUAUUUGGUUUGGCGUAUUUUUAUUGCUGACGAAUGUGCUUGGCGAUCAACAAAUUCUCAUUGAUAAAUUCACCAGUGAAUAUUUUCCGAAAGAAAAAGCAUUAUGGAAAAAAAUCGAUACACAGCUCAUAUUGCUGGAUCGUGGCAGUUUACUCAAUGAAAUCUAUCGCGAGCAUUCACGUAUACUAAGUGAUUUUGGUGAAAAUAAUGAAUUCGGUGAAAUUAAAGUGUUGAAAAGUUUAGGCGUGCAGAAAUAUAGUAGACUCAUCAGCACCGUACAAACGAUUACUUCAAAUGUGAAAAAUAUUAAAGAGCAUUUGGCUAAAGCUGAAUACACCAAACUAGUUGAUUUGGCCAAAAAUGCCGCUAACCAAAUACAAAACUCGGCCAAUGACUUACAUAAUAUCAUCGGAAAACGAUCGUUUUGGAUUGAUUUAGUUGAUGGCAAUGGCGAAUCGUGCCUAUUGGGCGAUGUAAGAAACAGCAAUGAACUGGUUUUUGACGUAUACAAAGAGCUAUCGGCGAUCUCACUGGAAAGUUACAUUAAUCUUCAAUUGACGCACAUGAUUUUAAAAGUGACCCAAGAAGGCGGUGUCACACAACUCAGAGCAGAUGAUGUGCGAAAAACAUUCUACGAUGGUUAUGUUCAAACGCAAAAUACGGUGAAAGAUGUUUUGAAAACUGUUAGCAGCAAAAAGUGGAUUUGUGAUAAGCGAAAUUUUCCAAUCAUCUAUCAUCAAAUUAACCGGUUCAUCCAGGGCUAUGUUGAAAAUGAAAUCAAUUUGAAUGGUGAGCAAAGCUGCAGCCAACACUGUUCCGACUAUAAAAAUGCGCACAGUUUUGGUUGUGCCGAAGGUACAUUGUGCGCUGAAUCACACAUCGAUCAGGCUAGCACACUAUGCAAAGGAACAAUUUACAAUUGUGCUGCCAUGGAUGACGAGCUUACUGUUUGUCCGUCGUUACAAAAACUGAGUACACGACGAUAUGACUACGUACGCUCUUCAAAUGGGAAAACCUUUGGAAAAUACGAUAACUGUUUACAAACGGCUCGAGUUAGAUCGUGGAGAAAAUCUAUCUGGCUAAAUAAGUGUUCAAAUUGUUUCUGCUACUGUGAUGAGCGCAGCGAUAAAUCGGAUCGAUAUUUUAGCUUGCAUGAUGUCACCGCAAACAUUCAGGAAAAUCGAAUCGUGACAGGUGUUGCAAUCACGAAACGCAACCGAAUGAUACAAUUUCUCAUCGGUGAAAGUAUAUUAUUGCCAUACGGAAAACUUAAUACGACAAUUACACACGAAACCGGCGACUUAAAUGUCAAUAAUCGAUAUGUUGGCCAUCCGGAGUUUAGCAUUGAUAGCAACGAUGUUCGAAAUGGCAUUGACUUCCAUACACUUACUUACGAAAAGCGAUCGAUUAACUUAGAUUCGGUUUUGGCACCGGCUGGUAAACUCGUCACUGGUGUGAGAUUCCAUGUUUUAGACGACGGUGUAUUGACAAUUCAAAUUCGUUGCACUGAUUUCGAUUAUCAAACGGGCAAAUUGAAAAAUCUGGACAAAAGCAUUUGGAUUCAUAACGACGUAAAACUACACAGGGAAAUACUUUUGGAUGAACCCGACCACCCGAUUCGUGGCACCAGACCCUUAGAGCCUGAUUGGACACCAAAUCAAUUCAUUAAAUUUCAACCAAGCGAUAUUGGUAAAGAUGCAGCACAAGUGACGGUCCCCUUUUUGGAUGGCACAUUUGUCGAGGGGAUUUCCACACUAUUGACUGGCAUCGGUCUCUAUUAUAAAGGACAACCGCACUUCGGCGGAGCUAUUGCGCCAUAUUUGGUUGCCUUCGACUUUGGAUCAUUGAUAAAUCCAAUUCAAAAUGUUUAAACAAAACAACUCAAAUUGUAAUCAUUUCUUAGAAUUGUUAUUGAGAGAAUUCAAUUUCCGUUAUGAGGCAUGUGGCAAAAUUAAAAAAAUAAAAUAAAAUAGACAAAUACCAAGCAAACAAACAACAUCAUUUUUAAU